CUUUUAAGACGAUAAGACAGCUUUUGGCACAAGGCGGAGUUUAGGUCUGAAGAAGCAAGGAAGUUGAGGAAUGAGUGAAUAGUGGGAUCGUUGUGGUGUGUUCCCAAAUCACAAAAAUGGCGAAGCUUUGCAAAAUAUCAUCCUCACUCUUCCUUUCACUAUCCCUCAAACCGAAACUCAUCUACCGCACCAAUGCCUUUCUGCUUUCUCGUUCAACCGCCACCACCUCAAACCACAAGAUACAGAAUGCAAAAGCAGGCUUGGCCAAAGAAAAGCGCAGAACACGCUCCGACAAACACUUCAACCCAGACGCCAUAAUUCACCAUUGCAACGUUAACCACUCCGACAUCGACACCGCCACCAAGUUCUCGCACAUUCCGGUCAUGCUGGGCGAAGUCAUGGACGUCUUCUCCGCCGCUUCCUUAACCUCCUUCGUCGAUUGCACCCUCGGCGCUGCCGGUCACUCCACCGCCGUGAUCAAGGGUCAUCCUGAGAUGAAGUUUUUCGUGGGGAUGGAUGUGGAUUCUGCUGCACACGACAUUGCCCAACCACGCCUUGAUGCCGUCUUAAGUGGUGAUGUCAAAGCUUUUACAGUUUUGAGGAAUUUUAGGGAUGUGAAGUCUGUGCUUAGAGAAAUCUCAGACUUACACAUGGGUGUUGAUGGGAUCUUAAUGGACUUGGGAAUGUCAUCUAUGCAGGUAGACAAUCCUGCAAGAGGAUUCAGUGUGCUCAGUGAUGGACCCCUUGAUAUGCGGAUGGAUCCUCAGGCAAGUCUUAAAGCAGAGGACAUAUUAAAUUCCUGGCCAGAUUCUGAAGUGGGUCGUAUCCUAAGAGAAUAUGGAGAAGAAAGUAAUUGGCGAACCCUGCAAAAGAAAAUUGUCAAUGCCCGAUUACACGGUGGAUUUCACUCUACCACUGAUUUGCUAGAUCUUAUCAAGCGUGUGACUCCUCCAAUGAAAGGUGGAAGACAAGGUUGGAUAAAAACAGCAACACGGGUUUUUCAAGCUCUGAGAAUUGCUGUUAAUGAUGAACUGAAGACACUUGAGGAUUCCCUCUAUUCUUGUUUUGAUUGCCUUGCACCAAGGGGUAGACUUGCUGUCAUAUCUUUUCACAGUCUUGAAGACAGAAUUGUGAAGCAGACAUUUCUUAAUAUAGUCAAAGGAGGCGAAGAUAUGGAAGAAAGGGAGAGCCUGAACAGUGAUUUGAGGAAGACUAGUGAUGAAAUCAAAGAAAAAGAAGCAUGGAUAAAGCAAGUAAUACAUGGUUCAAAUGGAACAAUUCUCACAAAAAGACCAAUCACACCAUCUGGAGAAGAAGAAAAAUUGAACCGCAGAAGUAGAAGUGCAAAGCUCAGGGUUAUUCAGAAGCACUGAAUAUAAAAUAUGACAAACUGUUGUCUGGUGUAGAAGUAGAACUAGAAGAAAUUAAGAUUAAGAAAUUGUGUUAUUCUUUGGUUUAGAUGAAUUUUGUAAGGAUUGAUUUACAUACAUUUAAAUUUUGUC